UGGACCGCGAUUCGUGUGCCUUCAUUGUGGGAAAAGAUACAAAUGGCAGGAUAGCUUGAGGAGACAUCAGAGAGUCGACUGUGGGAACAAGGAGAAGAAAUUUUCCUGUCAUCUAUGCGACAAAAAGUUCAAGUACCGAUACGAACUACGGAAUCACGUCGAUGCUUACCACGACCUAUAAAUCCGCCAGAUGGCUACUUCUCGUUGCAACUGCCAUACGGUUUGCCAUCGGGAUUUCAACCUUACGCGGCCAGCAUGAAUUUACCGCAAAAAGAUGAAAUGAAAUAUUUGCGCAAUGAUGGCAACUUGAUGAAUAUUUGUUUCGGUUGUGGCAAGAGGUACAAGUGGAGAGACAGUUUAUUAAGGCAUCAGAGGGUUGAGUGUGGUAACAAAGAAAAAAAGUUUUCUUGCAAAUUGUGUCCGAAAAAGUUCUAUCACCAGUACAAGUUAAACGAACAUUAUCAAGGGCGACACAAGAUACCCAAGCCCCAUUAAGCUGCAUAAACUUUAGUGAUAUUUUUGUUUCGCGAAUGAUUUUUAGAAUAUUUUUAUAUCGAUAUUCUAACCGGCAAAACAAAACUGUUCCUCGAGAAUAUACCGUUGCGAAAAUAUUCGAUAUGAUUCUCAUAUUGUCUUUUUAUAUCGACAGGGAUAGUAUCUCAAGCCGAUGAAAAUAUGUUAAUCGCAACAAGACUGCUUUAGAAUACGUUUGUUGUACCGCUUUAAAAAUAUUAUUUUUCUUAUCGCCGGUUUCUUUCACAGACAUAAAUCGAUCAGAUCUCGCCAUAAUCUCGUCAUAAUCGGUUUCUACUUAAUAGCAUGUAAGUACGUAACGAUAAAUUCCUAUAGCUGAACGUAUAAAUACUAGGAAGCCGUGAUAAGAAUGAAUAAAUAUGGAGAAUUACAAUUGUCAUUAUAUUCUUUAAUGACAUCGAUACCAUCUUAAUCAAUUUCAAGUAUAACAAUGCCAAUAAAUUGCAAGUUGCUGUUCCUCUCUUUCCUAUCGGCCAGUUGUCGUCGAAUCGCUUGCUCAGCAUUGUAUCCGAAUCGGCGACGAUGCUUUCCGUUUUGUGAAAUAAACUGAAUCAGAAAGAAGAAAAGAGAAAGGUGGAAAAUCUCGGUGAAGUUUAUAAAUGUUGCAAGUAAAGUGUGGCUG